UGAUUUUAAAUAUUGGUGUUGAUUGCUCAUUGCAGUGUACGAUAUUAUUUUUUAUGUUUAUGAGACCAAACAAACACAUUCCCGUAACGUCAUGCGUCUUUACCCAUCGCACGUGGAUUGCCUUGUUAAUUAGAAUAAGUAAUCAAUGGCAUGUUUAUCUUUGUAUUCUCCACUCCAAUAAGAGAUAACAGCAUCAAUUUCAAUUCUGAAUCUGAUUUGGUUCUGAAAGAACUCAAGUAAUUAGUUCUGACAGAUAUGGCACCCGAUAUGGAACCAAAGAAGAUCAUAAUUGAUACCGACCCUGGCAUCGAUGAUGCCAUGGCAAUAUUCGUUGCUCUAAAUUCACCAGAAGUUGAAGUUAUUGGACUCACAACCAUCUAUGGAAAUGUUUACACCACUCUGGCAACCAGAAAUGCCUUGCAUUUGUUGGAGGUUGCGGGAAGAACAGAUAUACCCGUGGCAGAAGGAUCACAUCUGACAUUAACUAAAGGAACAAAACUUCGUAUUGCAGAUUUUGUCCAUGGUGCAGAUGGGCUUGGCAACCAAAAUUUUCCUCCACCAAAGGGGAAGCCCAUUGAAGAGUCAGCUGCUGCAUUUUUGGUUCGUCAAGCAAAACUUAAUCCUGGGAAAGUCACUGUGGUGGCUUUGGGCCCGCUUACAAAUAUUGCUUUGGCUGUACAGAUGGAUCCAGAAUUUGCAAAGAACAUUGCCCAGAUUGUUAUUCUUGGAGGAGCUUUUGCAGUUAAUGGCAAUGUGAAUCCAGCAGCCGAAGCCAAUAUAUUUGGUGAUCCAGAUGCUGCAGAUGUUGUAUUUACAAGUGGGGCAGAUAUACUUGCAGUUGGGAUAAAUGUUACCCAUCAAGUUAUACUGACAAGUUCUGAUCGAGAAAUUUUGGCAAAUUCAAAAGGAAAAUAUGCUCAAUACCUGCACAAAAUCUUAGAUGUAUAUUUCUCUUACCAUCUGGAGUCAUACAAUACCAAAGGGGUUUAUCUUCAUGAUCCAACUGUGGUUCUUGCUGCUGUUGAUCCUUCACUUGUAACUUGUAUAGAAGGUGUUGUCAGAGUCCAAACGAGUGGCAUUACAAGGGGACUCACAGUACUCUUCAACAAACAGAAAAGGUUUGGUGAAAUCCAUGAAUGGUCGAAUAAGCCAACAGUAAAGGUGGCUGUGACAGUUGAUGCUCCUAGAGUUAUGAAACUGGUAAUGGAUCGCCUUUUGGACUCUUGAAGUAGCCAUGAAGCAUUCAAAAAGCUCUUUAGUUUAUCCUUCUUAUAUUUGUGUUUUGUAGCUCUUGAGCUCUACCUUGAAUUUCAUUUCAAUUUCAGUGUGAAAGGAAAAGUUCUAUUACUUCAUUGGUUAAAUUUUCAUUUGACUUCCAAUUAUAAUAUAUGAGCAGCACUUGUAUCUUA